AUGACCGAAAUCCCAGCCGCAUACCGCCACCUCUUCACCCUCAUCGACCCCCUCAUAGCCCUCUGGGGCACGUCCCUCUUCCUCUUCACCCCACAGACAGUGACAUCCUCAUAUCUUCCCCCCUCAUACACCCCGGCAGCCCUCAGAGACCCGGCGACAUCGCAUCCGGCAUCCACCCUCACCUCGACGACCUUGUCGGCUUCGCUGGCGGAAUACUCGUUGCCCCUGCACUCCCAGAUAGCGGGCCACCUGAUCUCCAACGCGAUCCUCUCCACCGUCCUCCUGCGCACGACAUCGGACGUCAAGGUGUGGCGUGUCUACCAGCUUUCCGUGCUCGUCGUCGACGCCUUUCUUUUAUACGGGACCUUUUCUUCGUAUGCGCUACAGGGGAGGUCGAAUCCACUGACGUGGCGGGUUGAGGAUUGGGGUGCGGUUGCUAUCACGGCGUUGGCUGGGUUGGCGAGGGCUUUGUUCCUGUUGGGAUUAGGGUUUCCUAAGCAGCAGAGAGUCAAGGCAGCGUAG